AAUAGGGUCAGGAAAAUGGCUAAAGCAUACCUGGUUCACUACUGUGGCAAAAUCAUAGAAACGACGGUAACAGAGAAUGCUUCUAUGGCCGAAAAUUGGGUGUUCAACAUCCAAUCUGGUUUCAGCGAGCAAAGGAUCAAUAUUGUAGGAUUCAACUGUAAAUGGAAGCCUCACCCGAUAGAAUCCAUGGGUGGCAGAAUCUCCACCUUGCAACUCUGCGUGGACACCAGGUGUUUGGUAUUGCAGAUCUCCCGUUUGAACAACAUUCCAGAGUCAAUCAAACACUUCUUUAGUGAUUCCAAUGUUGUUUUUGUGGGAAUUGAGGUUAAGAAGAUGGUUACCAAGCUUCAGAACGAGUACGGACUGAACUGCACUAACAAGAUUGAUGUUCGUCACCUGGUGAAAAUGCCUUUCCCCGUGAGCUUCUGCAUGAAACCCGGUCUGAAAGCUCUUGCCAGUCAAUUGGUGGGAUUGCAUCCAUGGAGAUCGAAAAAAGGACGCCUGAAUCUUGACAUGGACACAGGAGUUCUUGAGAAGGAGCAGAUCAAGUUUGCUUGCGUUGAUGCCUAUGUUUCUUAUAGGAUUGGUAAAAAACUACUCUUAGAGAUGCAGUAAAUGAUGGUCAAGUUUCUAUAUGGAAGCAUUAAACCAAAAAAAAAAUUAUAACAACUCUAGCUUUUGGGUUUUCCCCAUUAAAACAUAUAGCUACAUAUACCCUGUUCAAAAUUCACUUUUAAUUCUUCGGCGUUGACUCCAUAAAUAGAUGGUCUUUGGACUG